GGGCUUGUCCAAAGCAGCUGUUAACAGCAGCUUCGCGAACACCCAGAACCGGCUUUUUCCACUCAGUCGCCGCCCUUUUAUUAAAUGGCUUCGCCACGUGUUUCUAAUUGAAGCGAGUCGAAACCUACGGCCGUGUGAAUAAUCUGUGUGGGUUGAGUGUGUGACGGCGCGCGACAUGUCGGCGUUGCUGGUGUCCCUGUGUGUGCUGAGCGUGUGUUUCUACAGCGCCUCUGCGCUCGCGGGUCAAUCGACCCCGUUCGGCGGGAAUCACAAGCACGAGCUUCAGCUCCCCGCGGAGCAGCGCCUCUUCCGCUUCCUGCCCUCUCCCGAGAUGAUCAGCCCGGGGACGAGCAGCACGGAGCCGCCGGGAGCCUCUGCGGCCUCGGGCUCCUACCACGUGCUGCCCGUGUUCGUGCACGCGGCGGCUCCGCUCGUGGACGCCGAGAUCUUCAGGCCCGUGCCGGGUGCCAGGCGGUUGCCGGACCACGUGGCUUCCCUGCUCCUCCUCCCUCCUCCUCCUUCUCCUCAGCCGGUGGGCACCGCGCGCAACCCACGCGGCGUGGAGGUGUGGUGCGGUCGUAGUAAGAUGUCGGUGCGCGUCAAUAAGCGGACGCUUGGAUUCAAGUCCCCGGCGUCGCAGCUUUUCCUGGGCAGCUGCGCGGUCUCUCGAUCCACUAAGCGCUACCAUUACUUCCACUACGGCCUCGGCGAGUGCGGAGCUGCCCGUAAGACGGACAGGGGGCGUCUCGUGUUUUCGAACAGCCUGCGCUACGUGCCCGAACGCCGCGGAGCCGUGCUAAGAUCGCUGCCCGUGUCGCUGCGCGUGCGCUGUGUGUACAACAGGUUUCACUACGUGUACAAGGUGGGGUAUUUACCCGAGGUCCACAGACACACCGUCCUCAAGAGUCUGAGAAGCAAGCGCAGGUUUACGCUCACUGCUUACAAUGCCCGAUGGGAGAGGCUCGCACCAGGUAAAGGCUACAUACUUGGGCAGCCCAUGUACUUUGAAGCCAGAGCUGCGUUUAUUCCCAGGAGCAAGAGGGUGUUUGUGAACUCCUGUUACGCCUCGCCAUCGAAGGAACCGAACUCCAUUCCUCAGAUGGAUGUUGUGAAGAACUUUGGGUGCAUGGUGGACAGCAAGAGGAGGAAGAGCCAGUCCAAGUUCCUGUCUCACAAGUCCAAGGCCCUGCGCUUCACCGUUGAUGCUUUCGUUUUCCCAAAGAUCUCAGCAAAGUACCUUUACUUGCACUGUUCCAUCACUGUUGGAAAUUAUGCUCCAACCUCAGUCACAAAGUCGUGCAACUUCAACCGAAGGACCAAAAGGUGGGAGGAGCUAUAUGGUUCAUCCUCUGUCUGCUCCUGCUGUGACUCUGUGUGUGAAGCAAGGGAGUCUACUGAAAGUACCAUGACUACCAAUGGUCCAUGGAUGGUCAUCAAUACUGACCAGGAUGUAAUGGUGGUUCCUGUGAACGGGGAAAGGUCUGUGGAGAUUGGAGAGGUACUGCCAGGGGUUGGUCAGGCAAAGCAGGUGCUGAAGGCUGCACAAGUACCUCUGGAGGUGAUGGAGGAGGAGGAGCCAUCUGUGUGGCAGGAAGAUGGCCAAGAAGAGGAAACAGAUGAGCAUGAUGAGGAGUAGCUGGGACCCUCAGUCCUCUGGACUCCUGUGUAAUUCAUGUGAAUAAAAAUGAUCAACUUUCU